CAACCAGCUGCUCAUAGAAGAGCAAGGGAGAAACACCCGGGAGUUAAGAGAAGGCCUAAAGGGGCUAGCGGACCAAACUGGGGCUCAAUUACCAGCUGCAAAUACCCAGAGGAGGGCCAAUCAUUUUCUUUAAAAAAUGACAGUGCAGGAUGAUGUGGAAGCAUAUCUUACCACCUUCGAAAGGACGGCAGAGAGGGAGAAGUGGCCGAAAGAAGAAUGGGCAGGGCUUCUGGCACCAUACCUGGCAGGGGACGCUCAAAAAGCGUAUUUCGACCUGGAGUUGAAAGAUGCACAGGAUUACGAUAAACUAAAGGGGGAGAUCCUGACUAGACUGGGAGUGACCGAUACCGUGAGGGCACACCGCUUCCACCAGUGGUCCUACCGACCGGGACAAGCCCCACGAACACAGAUGUUCGACUUUAUUCACCUGGCACGGAAAUGGUUGCGACCAGAGACCCGGUCAUCCGCCGAGAUUGUCGAGACCAUCGUACUCAACCAGUUUCAGCGAGGUCUACCCCAAGAAGUGAGACGAUGGAUUGGCCAGAACGAGGUACUUUCCGCCGACCAUCUCGUGGGCCUGGUUGAACGAUAUUGUACGGCAAGAACAGCUGAGCAGGCACAGGAGGAAAGAUUCCCGUUCCCCAGGCAUGGGCGAACCACCAGACAGGGUAAGGCUGUCCCAACAUAUAGAGGGGGAAGAGAGCAGCGUGGGGCCAUGAGGAAAGAAUCAGAAUCAGGCCGAGACACUAAGGGAAAAAACGGAAACCGGGACUGGGUGUCGAGGGGGUCUCCCCCCCCGAACCCCUAUUAUCUGUUACAAUUGUAAUCAACCAGGAC